GUUCAAUAUUCUUCAACUACUAAGUAGUAACCUAAUUACCUAGCACCUUAACACCUUUUGACUUUCAACAUCUCAACGUCCUGACACAUUUCUAGAAACGGUCUCACGUUUCUUGGUGUUUUAUUUUCUUACCUAUUCGAAGACAUACCCCCGACGAUUAAACCCCUGGAACCAAAAAAAGAGAGACCUACAUCCAUACGAACCAGCGUUUAAGCUAAGCUACCUUACCUCAUAUGGCUACCCGCAUCGAACGCCAUGGCGCCUUAUAGCAACGCCUACGUCACAGCCCUCAACAGUUCCUACGACGACAAUUAUGGCGGUGAUUUCCAAUCCAUCUGCGACGACAUAUAUGCUAGUAGUAGGAAUAUGUUGGGGCGAGCAUGGGGGUACGCGAAUGGACGAGGUCGACAUACGGCUUGGGGCUUGGCAGUGAGAGGGGGACAACAGAUCAGGAAGAAUAUGACGCGACGGCGCCUUCUCAGCUUCCCACACGCUCUUGUGGUGUUUUGGAUGCUUGUUAUGCUCUGGGGUGAGCGAUGGAUAUUCGCGAGUCGGGUACGGAGCUGCGACUGGGACCAUUGGGAAGAUUGGCCCGCUGGAGCAACACCGCAUCGACUAAUAUUCGUCGCCGACCCUCAAAUCAUCGAUCCUCACUCGUACCCCGGCCGUCCCUGGCCCCUCGACCCCUUAACCGUCAUUAUAACCGAUAACUAUAUGCGACGGUCAUACACACAAUUACAGAAACAGCUACAACCAGACACCGUAUUCUUCCUAGGCGACCUUUUCGACGGUGGGAGAGAGUGGAAGACGGCGCACGGAAACUUCGACGAUCCCGAGUGGGCGAAAGAUCACAGGCCGGCGGAAGAGAAGAAAUAUCUGAAAGAGUGGCAUAGGAAAUAUGGCCAAGAAUUUUGGCUUCAAGAAUACAUGAGGUUCGGCGACAUAUUCUUCGAAAAUUGGAAGCUUGCAGGUUAUACCCCGAGUCCGGGCCAGCGAGGACGAAAACUGAUAUCGAGUCUACCCGGAAAUCACGAUUUGGGUUUUGGAGCCGAGGUCAAGAUUCCUGCAAGACAUCGAUUCGCCACAUAUUUUGGAGAGGUGAACAGAGUUGAUGUGAUCGGAAACCACACCUUUGUAUCGGUGGAUACAUUGUCUCUAAGUGCUGAUACGUCAGAUAUGAAGGAUCGAAUUGAUUUGCAACCCAUCUACGGUCCUGCUCAAGAGUUCUUGAAAGAGGUCAAGGCGACGAAGCGAAGGGCUGUUCAAAAAGAAGUGCGAUUCUGGAGGGGAGAUGUUGAAGAAGUACCUUUUGAGCAAAAGGUUGAGGAGCUCAGCACUGCUGACUACAGUAAUCUGCCAACGUUAGACCUAGGAGAAAAGGCGCCUGAUUUCCCAACGGUUCUUUUGACGCACGUACCGCUAUGGAGAGAUCCGGGAACACCCUGCGGACCGAUGCGAGAGCACUGGCCUCCGACGAAACCACCUAAGGGGCAAACUUGGCCGGUUAUCCCAGAUCAUCGGAAUGCCAUCAGCGUCUCAGGUGGAUAUCAGUAUCAGAAUGUUCUGAGCCUAGAGGAUUCAAUUAAUCUAAUUAAGAGCAUCGGUAAUGUUACACACGCAUUUUCCGGAGACGACCACGAUUAUUGUGAACUUGUACAUACGCCGGACCAAGAAAACGUUCGGGAGAUUACGGUCAAGAGUAUCAGUAUGGCCAUGGGAGUGCCGACACCGGGGUUCCAGAUGGUUUCUCUAUUCAACCCAAUCGACGACCAAGGAAAUCCCAUCCCAGGAUCGCCAAAGACUACGUUGCAGACUCACCUCUGCCUACUCCCUACACAACUCUCGACGUAUAUGACAUACGCUGUUUUAGGGAUCUUGACUGUUUUAAUAUUAAUAGCGCGAGCAUUUCUCGUUUCUACUCUUAAUUUCCAGCCGUUUGCUCUGGACCCCGAUCAACGCUCGUCAUCGGCCAUUCUUCCGAUUUUUAAGGCUAAGGCCGAAAACGACGAGGGCCCUUACGAUGCGAAGUCCGGCUCUCCCUGGACAUCUUCAACUAAACUCCCGUCGGCCCGCGUAUCGUCUGCAAGGACACGAGGCCAGUCCAUCUCAAGCGCACUCAACCCACAAGUACGAGCGCCAUCACCCAACAGCAAGGGCAAAGUUGGCCCGGGAAAAUGGGGAUGGGGCCAGAAUAGGGGACCGCGGAUUGAGAUCAGGAGAGACUCGUACUACGACGAUAAGAAUGGCGCGUGGAAACCGGCGUCUCGGUCGAGGAGCAGGAUAGGCGUGGUCGGCACAGAGAUAUGGACGACGAGCUGGAGAGUCGCCUGGAUGGUGCUGCUGUUCUUCGCCUACCUCACAUAUAAGGGAUGAAGAUCGACUACUGAACCAAGCGCGAUCGCGUAUAAAAUUUCGGGGGGUUGGAAAAGGAUAUGAAAAGAAAGGGGGAUCGAUUCACCACUUACUACUCCGCCACUCUUAAUGGUACCACCGGUGAAAAUGACAUAGGUGGCGAUAAACCAUCUCUUCAUCGUCGUAAGCAAGCGCCGGGCUAGGCUACCGAUUCGGAACGAGAUGAACAUAAGACAGCAUAUGACAUACGACCGGCAGAGAGUAAGCGAGAUGGGGAUCUUGGCCGAUCGACCGAAUGGGGGGAGAACUAACGAUCGGUCUUGCUCGAUCGGCCCGGACGGGUAACGGGAUGAGACGAAAUGGGUUGGGGUCCGGGUUUGGUCUGGUUUACUGUGUUCUGUAUAAUACACAUGCAUGCCUAGGUACAUACGUACGUACAUGUGCAGCGCGCAUAUAUGUAUGUAUGCGUAUGCACUACGCUUCGUGCCGUAGAGUUAGCGAGCGAGGAAGUAAGUAAGUGUCGAGCCUUGUGUAAAUUAAUGGUUAGGCGAGACACGAGGCGGGAUGCAUGGCGAGGCUGGGCACGGCAGGGUAAGGUAAGGGGUGGGUGGACGGAUGUUUAAUAUACCACGAAUCGAAUCGCG